UUGCUGCAGCAUGUGGCUGCUGGUUUUCUUCUGCAUGUCACCAGUUGGCAGCAUGCCCAUCAGUCUAAACCUUACUGCUGCAGAAAAUGCUACUGCCACAACCACAACAGUGAUUCCAGGAGUUGGCACAGCUUGUUUAAAUGAUGCCCCAAAUGCCACCAGUCUUGCUGCAGAUUAUGCCACUUCUUUAAAUCACAGCCAUAAUGCCACCAGCUCUGCUCCAGUUGGCGCAACUCCUUUAAAUGAUGUCCCGAAUGCCACCAGUCUUGCUGCAGAUUAUACCAUAUCUUUAAAUGCAACAAGCCACAAUGCAUCUGGCUCUGCUUCAGGUGCAGCAGUUCUAGAACUUGAUUCUUCAGGGAACGAGGGUGCAGAAACCAUGGACGAGCUUAAUCUUGACAUGCCAGUCAAGGAAGGAGACAUCCUGAUUCAGGAGGACAGAAAUGCUGUACAGACCCUGUGGCCAGAUGCUACUGUCCCUUACAUCAUCUCGGAUGAACUGGCUUACAGAGAGGCAGAAAUUAAGGCUGCCAUCAAGAUGAUAUCAGACGUCACAUGUAUUUACUUCAAGAAACAUGACGAAGAGCAGAACUACCUGAAGUUUGUUGGCGGCAGCGGCUGUGCCUCAUUUGUUGGUUGUCAAGGAGGAGCCCAGAAGCUGUUCGUUGCUCCGGUGUGCAACGUGGGGAACCUCUGCCAUGAGAUCAUCCAUGCUCUGGGACUGCAUCAUGAACACACUCGUGAGGAUCGGGAUAAAUACGUCACCGUGAACUGGGCAAAUAUUUUGCCAGGGAAAGAAGAGAACUUCAAGGUGAAAUAUGGAAACACUCAAAGCUUACCAUAUGAUCCUGAGUCCAUAAUGCACUAUGGGCAGGCUUAUUUCAGUGCAAAUGGAAAUCCAACUAUGUUGCCAAAAGGGAGCGGCAUGACGAUAGGUCAGAGGACACACCUGAGCCAGUUGGACAUGCAAAGACUGAAUAAACUCUACCACUGUGCUUAAACACUUUUUUGAACUGGCGGUCAUCUGCAUGAUUAACUUUAAUGGUUACAUGUGCACAAACCAGACAUAAGUGAUGCAACACUUAUUUCAAAUGAGUGGAAGGCAAUAUUUAAUCUGCACUGUGCU